AUGUCCGACCGCGACCUCAUCUCCGUUGAUCCUCGGCACAAGAAGUCAGUAGCACGCACGUGCGUGAAGUGCGGCUUGUGUUUCUGCAAAAAAUGCCAUGUUCCAUGGGACGACAAGAAGACGUGCGAUGAGUUCAAGAAGUCGCAGUCUUACCUGACAUCUGAAGCCGCAUUUCACGCACGUGCGUGCUACUGA